AAUCUAAUCUAAUUAACCUUAUCUCUGUCGUCCAAUUCUGCCCUAUAUAAUGCGUCCUCUCUUCAUCUUUUCCCGUCGAAUUAGAGAAGAAUUUUGAUAAAAUUCAGAUCAAAAUCACACCAGUAUAUUGUUCACUCAGAAGAAAGCUAAAUCAGUGUAUUUCCUUGGGGAUUCAGCCAUGGCGUUUUUACUUAACAAAGCCUCCACAAUAUCUCGAUUGGUUUCUUCUUCUACUCAGAAAGUGAAUCCAUCAUUUCUUCAAUCAUCUCGCCGUGGAUUUCAUAUUGAACUUGGUGCUCGCGAGAAAGCUCUUUUGGAACCACACCCAGCACUUAAACCUUUCAAGUCUACUAAGAAAGCUGAGCACCUAGUCAGAAGAUUUGGAGAUGUUCUUGCCCUUGCUGUCAUUUCUGGAGGUUGUUAUGAGGUGUAUGUCAGAACAACAUCAAAGUAAGAAGCUGUAAGGAGGCAAACUAAGGGGAGGUCGUAAUGUUGGGUCUCUUUGUAACCUGUGCUUGUUUUGAUCUUCUCCUUCAUUUUCUUUUAAGUCUUCUCAGUCCUUGGUGGUAUCAUCCAAGUUGUUCCCUGAAUAAGUUGAGAAAGUGUUGGAUUAAUCUUGUAACAAAGAAUUUUUGGAAGAGCAAGUGAUCAACAGUGGGAUUGUCUGAAAAUAACGAAAAUAGGACUAUUGCUCACACAUGUGCAACGAGUAUAUGAGCAAUCUAAUUUUUAUAGAUUAUUGUUUAAACAA